AUGGCACUGGGAACCAUCCUGCUAGGGCUGGGCGGGCUGCUCGUUGCCCUGCUACUCUACGCAUUUCUCUUCAUCGGACGCCGCGAAAAGGGUCUGCCACCUGGUCCCCCCACUGCCCCGAUCAUUGGAAACAUUCAUCAAAUCCCUACCAAGGGUUCUUACCUGACGUUCACUGAAUGGUCCAAGAAAUAUGGCGGCAUCUUCUCCCUCAAGCUCGGCCCUGGAACCGCCAUUGUCCUCACUUCUCGCCACCUGGUGAAGCAGCUGAUUGACAAGAAGUCAAACAUCUACAGCGACCGGCCCCACAGCUAUGUUUCGCACAAUCUCAUUACAGGCGGCGACCAUGUCCUGAUUGCACACUAUGGCAAAACAUGGCAAAAAUACAGAAAAGCAAUUCAUCAGCACUUCAUGGAGUCUAUCGUACUGAGGGACCAUUUACCCUUGCAGCAAGCCGAAGCAAGUCAGUUGUUGAAAGAUUUCCUCGAGCGACCGGAUCAGCACAUGGACCAUCCGAAGCGGUAUACCAACAGCAUCGCAUGCGCCACCAUCUGGGGCGUGAGAUCCCCUACAGUGGACACUCCACAUAUGAAACGCCUCUACGAACUCAUGGAGAAUUGGUCCGUGGUCAUGGAACCGGGCAACACCCCUCCCGUCGAUAUCUUCCCUUUUCUACACUACGUUCCCGAACAGCUUUUUGGGAACUGGCGCUCGCGAGCCAAAGACGUUGGAAAUGCGAUGAACAAUCUGUAUAAUGAUAUGUUGACCGGGCUCGAAAAGCGCAGAGAAGCCGUGGGCAGCAAGUAUUCAUUUAUGGACAGAGUCCUUGACCAGAAAGAAAAGCUUGAACUGAACCGACAUCAGCUCUAUUUCCUGGGCGGCACAAUGAUGGAGGGCGCAAGUGAUACCUCUUCAAGCAUCAUCAUCGCGGCCAUACAGGCCUUCACCAAGUGGCCUGAAGUCAUGAGGAAAGCGCAGCAUGAAAUUGACAGUGUCAUGGGCGAAGACAGAUCUCCUGUGUGGGCUGACUAUGCAAAGCUACCGUAUGUAGCUGCAACGGUGAAAGAAGCGAUGAGAUGGAGGCCGGUGGUUCCGUUGGCAUUUCCACAUGCUGUAGACGAAGACGACUGGGUCGAUGGGUACAAAAUCCCAAAGGGCUCUGUGAUCUUCAUCAAUGCAUGGGGAAUGCACCACGACGAGAAGAGAUUCCCAAACCCGGACAAAUUCGAUCCAGAUCAUUACAAGGGCGUCACGGCGCUUGCUUCGGAACUCGCCCAAGCCUCCAACCCUGACGACAGGGACCAUUAUGGCUAUGGCUCCGGCAGACGACUUUGUCCCGGCAUUCAUCUCGCGGAGAGGAAUUUGUUCCUUGCCAUUGCAAAGCUGCUGUGGGCUUUUGAAUUUGCGCCUGGAAAAGACAACGAUGGAAAACCGAUCAUGCCGGACACCGAUCCGACUACGGGAUAUAGUGAGGGUUUCUUGGUGUGUGCAAAGCCCUACACUCUGGAGGUCAAGGUGAGAUCUGAGGCAAGACGGGAGACUAUCCUGAGGGAGUAUCAAGAGGCCAAACGGGAUGUGUUUUCAGCGUUCGAAAACUAA